AUGCCGGAGAAGGAGGUCGCUUAUCAUCAGGAGGCAUUCUCGUUGCUGCAGCCGCCGCCACCGCCGCAUCACUCGCACUCGGCCUUCCACGCGGCCUUCCAUCCGCACCCCCAUUCGGCACCCCCGCCGCCGUUUCAUCCGCACCACGGGCCACCACCGCCACCUCAUCCGGCGCAUCCGGCGGCCGCGGUUUGGGAGCACCACGCGGCGGCGGCCGCGGCAGCCGCGGCCGUAGCUUUCCAUCCGCCGCCACAUCACCCAUUAUCCAGCAGCUCGAUUGGAACACACGGUAACGGUAGCGGGGGUGGCGGCGGAGGCGGAAGUGGUAGCGGAGGUAGUGGAGGCAGCGGCGGUGGGGGUGGGACUGCUGGCAACGGGACUUCCGGUGAUUUUCUACGCAGAAGUCAUCCCCUAGCGGAACAUACGGCCCUACAUCCCGCUUACCGGAUCAACUACAUGGACCAUCUCUACCAUCAGCUUCAGGCCUCCACACACAGUCCCAACGCCUCACUACACGGACUGGGUGGUUUGGGGCCCGAAUACCUCUUACACGCGGCAGGUCCUGCCAGCACCCUCGCAUCGUCCGAAUUCCCGUUCUCCAUUGAUGUUUCAGCAUCGUCGCGACUAGGAAGUCCGCGAGCCUCGGCGAUCAGAGCGAGUCGGAAAAGAGCGCUGAGCAGUUCGCCGUAUUCGGACAGGUUCGAUAUCGACAGCAUGAUUCGAUUUAGCCCUAAUAGCUUGGCGUCCAUCGUGAACGGCUCGCGAAGUAGUAGCGCGAGCGGAAGCUACGGACAUCUCUCCGCUGCAAUGAGUCCAGCGUUAGGCAUGCAUCCCGCCAGCAUGGCGCCGCACCUGCAGCAGUUACAGGCACACCUUUUAAGGAGCGCGGCGGCGCUUUUACCUCACACGCAUCCCCUUCAGCCACCCGCACCACCGCCGCCACCGCUGCAUCCUCAUUCUCACCCCCAUGCUCACGGACUGUCCCCCCAUUCGCAAUUGUACCCCGGUGUGCCGCCUCAUUCUACGUCGGCGACGCUCAGUCCGCACGGAGCCGGAGUGCCUCCGAAAAGUGAGAGCGUAGAGUCAUGCAGAAAAGCGUCGGAAUCAUCGACUCGCUCGGUGACGGCCGAGGCUGACACUUCCUCAAGGCGGGCCGCCACCAAAGUCAAGCGGGAACCGGCGACAACGACGACCAACGCGACCACCACCACCGUUCCUCCGACUCACCCUCAAGGCCUCAGUCCGAGUGAGGACCUCAGAGACGAACCCGGUGACUUCAUCGAAACGAAUUGUCAUUGGCGAGACUGCGGUCUCGAGUUUCCUACACAGGACGAUCUCGUGAAGCAUAUCAACAACGAUCACAUACACGCCAACAAGAAGAGCUUUGUUUGCGGUUGGGAGGAAUGCUCGAGGGAGGAAAAACCCUUCAAGGCUCAGUACAUGUUAGUCGUGCACAUGAGAAGGCAUACGGGUGAAAAACCACACAAGUGUACCUUUGAGGGUUGCUUCAAAGCCUACUCGCGAUUGGAAAAUCUCAAGACGCAUCUUAGAUCUCAUACAGGCGAGAAACCGUAUACCUGCGAGUAUCCAGGCUGCAGUAAAGCAUUCAGCAAUGCUAGCGAUAGAGCAAAGCAUCAAAACAGAACGCACUCCAGCGAGAAACCGUACAUUUGCAAAGCUCCCGGCUGUACGAAGAGGUACACGGAUCCGUCGUCGCUGCGGAAGCAUGUCAAGACCGUUCACGGCGCCGAGUUUUACGCGAAUAAGAAGCACAAGGGCGGCGGCGGUGGCGACGGUGGUGGCAGCGACGAGGCCGGCGCGGGUGGUAACAGUCCCAGCAGGAGUGAGGAUCUGCCUCCGAAGACACCCAGUCUCUCGAGUCCUAGCGUCAAAUCCGAGAGCGAGGCGAACAGUCCGCCCGGAAUCAUGCAGCAGCAGGGUAGUCCAUUGGUGGGUGGUUGUAAUGACGAGGUCGCGGGAAUGGGCGCUCUCACCGGCGACGGAAUCGCCCUUACCGAAGAACCGUGGAACGAAGAGCCCGAUGACUUGGACAUCGCCGAUCUUCCUGUAGCGCUGCGUGCCAUGGUCGGCGGUAUGGAAUCGCAGCAGCAAUUGCAAGUGCCGGUACCCACGUCGAGAAAUCGUCUGAAAGGAAGACUGAACGCCAAAGGCAUGCCGAGUAUGCCGAUGGUAGGCGUAGCGAACAUGCGCGGGACCCGCGGUGUCACACCUCAGGGUAAUAUCGGUGACCUCAAUAAAAGGAUCACCGAUCUGAAAAUGGAGAGUGGCGGUGGCCAGACGCGGCAGACAAGUCUGUCUGAUCUUCAGCUGAGGCUGCAGCCGUUCGGCGAGCCGCGAAGGGACAGCAACAGCACCGUCAGCACUUAUUACGGUAGCAUGCGAUCGACGGAUUUCAGUAGCAGAAGGAGCAGCCAGGCGAGCGUCAUUAACGCCGUUAGAAUGGGCCCAGGACCGGAAAGUUUGUACGAUCCGAUCAGUCCGGGUACGUCUAGACGAAGCAGCCAGAUGAGCACCACUUCCAGCAGGAUCGAUCAAAGUCAUCUUCAGGGACCUUAUUCGACAAAUAAUCUCGUCGUUCAAACUCAGAAUAUGUCUCUUCAGAGCAUUCAGGCGGUGCCGAGCGACUGGAAUAAUCCGAGCGGUCAUUGUACUCAACCAUCGAGUGAUCGACGAAUGUCCGAACCUAUUCGCAGUAACCCAGUCCAAAGGACUUCUCCUCCGAUUCCGCCGAGGCCGAGAUCGGCACAGCUGCCCGAGCUUCAACCUGAGCUUCAUCCCAAUCAGGAGGUGAUUCUGGACGAGGUGGGCGAAGGUGAAAUGGUGGAGAACAAACUAGUUAUUCCCGACGAAAUGAUGCAGUAUUUGAAUCAGGUUCAAGCGGGUGGAAAUCAAGUCAGCUAUCGCGGCAGUCCUCUACCGAUAUGCCAGUCACCGAUAUGCACGAAUCCUUUGCAUUAUCAGCGACAGGUGCAGCCUACAUGUAAUUACAAUCAGUCACAUCAGCAGAACUGUUAUUCGUCUCAGCAAGUGGCACAACAACCCUGUCCGAACUAUCAGAAUUCCUCGUAUGCCGCCUACUGCCUGAAACCGAAUUCACGCGCGACUCAAUCUUCAUCGCAGUAUUGCCCGCCGCCGAAUUACGGGUCUCAAGCGACCGGCGGACAAGUGGCAAGCCCGGCCGCGGGUCAAGUCAUGUCACCAAGUUCCCAUUACGCCUCGGCACACUUGAGCGAUCAGCCGUUGACAUCCCCCGCGGCUGGCGCGCUGGCGCCACAGCACGCGCCGCAAAAUCUGCCCCAAAACUCCGCACAGCUCUCCAGAAAUUGUCCUCAGAGCCACGCACACCAUGCUUACUAUCCGAGUUACGGUUGCGCGGCUCAAAUGAACGCGAAUUGCAACGGCACCGGCGGCCAAGCCAGUGGUCAUCAUUCUAAUCAGACUUGCACACCGUCGAAUCACACUGUACAGAUGCAGCUAACGAACAACUGUCAGCAACUGUCGCCGCAUUGCACUCAGCAAACCGCGCCCAUGCCCAAUCCGUCGACUAUUCCUCAUCCGAGCGCUCAGUGCAACCCGUCCGGUCAAUGCACGAGACCUAUCGCAACGUCCAACGGUCAGAUAUCCAACGUACAUUCUGCCCAACAAUCUCCGGUGACUAAUCAGUGCAGUCCGAUGUCACCCCAUUGCCCUCAAUUGAACCAUGCGAAUCAAAGCAAACCGAUGAACACCCUUGCGACGAAUAUUCAAAGUUGUCCACAGCAGACUCAACAAGCGGCCACAGCGUCCUGCCUGGUCAACAACUGUAAUCAUCCCGGUGGUGCGCAUCGUCAGGUCAACGACGACGGCAGCAGUUCAAAGAGGACAUCACCGCAACUUUGUAACCCUCAACAGACUAACUGCAGAGUGCAACAGCAGCAACAAAGCUGCGCGCAUAAUUGUCAAACCCGCACAAAUCUUCCGGCUCAAUACAAUUGCAAUUGCGCGUGGACUUACGGAAAUCAAUGCUACCAUGAUCAACACGGUGGACCGUUGCCGGAGAUACAAUGCAGAGAUAUUAGCCAGUCGCAACAGGGCUCGCCGAUAAAGCCGCCUCAAGGUAUGAGACAAGAUUCCUACCGCAGGACCUUGGAGUACGUUCAGCAAUGCAGGAAUUGGUCCGUUAACGCUCAAACCCAUGAGACCAACGUUUCGAGCUCGACGCAUCCUUUGUCGUUGCCGCAACCUUUGCCAGCUAGCGCCAACAUGGUUGUCAAUGACAUGACAUCUUCGCUUAGCUCUUUACUAGAAGAAAACAGAUAUUUACAAAUGAUUCAAUGACUCAUUUCUAUUAAGAAGAGACAUUAAUUUAACUCCGUUAUUGGUCAAUGAAACAGUCGCGCCUAAACAAUUUUUUUACUUGAUUAAUGCAGUAAUAAUAUAAGUUGUAUGUUUAAUAUAAAAUUUUACUUUAUAUAAGUAAAAUUUUGCUUUAUAUAAGUAAAAUUAAAAUAUUAAACAUGAAACAUUUGGCAAAUUUUGUAGUGACAUGUGGCUUUAUAUACAAUAGAAACGAUCGACUCACAGUUUGCAGAUUUUUUAAAUUAAAGAAUUAAAAAUUAUGAAUGAAAGAGUAUGAGGUAACUCGUUUUGGGAACAAUAGAUUAAUAUGUUUAAUAAAAUUUACAAUGACUUCAUAUAGAAGCGCGAAUUAUGACAGAAAAAUACUAUUCCAGUGUAAGCAAGAUAAUAAAUCCUAUCAUAUUUAUCUACAUUUACUAAAUUACAUUACUGGUCUUUUUAAUAAAAAUGGAUGCCAUUUUUAAAUAGCAAGAUUGAUUUUAUAAUAUUAAUACAGUCAACUUUUAUGUAGAUAAAAUUUUUAGUCGUAAUGUAAAAAGUGCCUUAAACUUAAUUAACGUGCAUUUGCAGAGUGCCACUGAUGUAUAAGUUAUUACAUUUGAAAAUAUCAGUUCACGACAUUAAGUACCUCAAAAAUUCCGCUCAUAGUAAUUUAGAAUAAGACAAUAUAGAUUAUAAAGAUAUUCCGUAUUUUAUCUGCGCGGAUAAAAAUAUAUGUCACUCUUUUUUUAUUAUAAAAGAAAAGUAUGCCUGAAAAUUUGUGCGUGUAUGCGUGAUAUCGAUAUUACGAUUUACGAUUUGCAGAAGAAGAUGCGACAUAAUCCAGAAACUCACCAUUUUAUAUUACACUAUUUUAUGUACUUGUUGCUCUUAUGUACAUACUAGCUCUUAGAAAACUAGAGCUAGAGAUAACCACAGAAAGACCGACGGUUGGAAGCAAGUGUCAAGACUUUUGUUAAUUAACAUACAACACACGUCACCUUUGUAUAUUAUCCCGUCGGGUGUCCCGCGUCAGUCGGCUGUCGGCGAUCAACAAUUGUUGUAACUUGUAAGUUGAACGUGAUUUGUGAGCGCGCGGCGUAAUCAGCAUAGGGAUGUAAAGAGGGAAUGAAGACAAAAUAUAUCACGCAGUAUAUGAUUGAUAAAUCUCAUUUUGCAAUAAAUGCGGAAUAUUUUUUGAAAAAUAUCUAUGUACUUUAAAUUAUUGUAAAUAUAUUUUUAUAAUAUUAUAUAUAUAUAUACUUUUUGUACAUCAAUUUUGUUAUGCGACGAGCGUGCCAACAUAGCAUUAUCCUAUUAUAAUUAAGCUCAAUAAGGUGUAGUAUACAUCGCCAGUGUGAUAGAAAAGAGAGAAAUAAAGUUCACAAAUAAUCAUUAGUUUAUCACAAAUAAUAAAAAUAAUAAGACUUUGGAUUAAUAUCAAUAAAAAUCCAUCUGUAAGAAGCCAAUAUUAAAAUAAAAAAUGUAGAUAAAAUUUAGAUUUAAGCACAACUAUUAAGGAUGCGAAUGAAUAUACACAUGAGAGUGUGCGCGAACAUUUCUAAAAUGUCUUUUGUAGAUAUUAUUUUGGUAAUUUCAGAAAGUAAAUUUUACAACACAUAGUUGCCUUCGAUCUAUCACAAUAUCGAAAAUAUUUUUAAAUGUCUUUAGAGCGAAUAUUUAAAUGCAAUGACGAAUAUAAUACCGAGUAAACGAUUUAGAAUGUAUUUUAAAAAUCUGAAAAUAUCAAUGUACCUCUAGUGCUGUUUUUGUUAUACACAAACGAGUUUUAUAUAUAUAAAACUAAAUUUUAUUAAAUUGCGAUUACGAAAAGGUGAAUUAUUUUGUGAAUAUUAUAUAUAUUUACUACGGUAGAUUAUAUGCUAAGAAAACAUGUAUAAUAUUUUAUUGGAAGGAAGGUAUUAGAAUGAAGUCUUAUGGAAGUGUCUAUGCAUUUGCAAAAUUGUUAAUUAUUUCGAGAAUAAAUAAUAUUAAAUCCAAAA